CAAAAAAACUAACUUCAUUUUCAUUUUCAAAGUCUUUACAAACUUCAUUUUCAUUGACUAAUUGCUUGAAAUGACAUCUUAAGUGAAAACAGAAAAGAACAAUAAAUUAAUCCAGGAGAGGAGAGUGUACAGAAAGGCUGACCUUUAUUUUGACGGGAUUGCAGCCUGUACAGAAGCUCGUGACAGACCACUUGACUUAAUUUAGACUGUCACGUGAUCGUUGUUAUCGAAAACAAGGAUGUGAGCUAAAACAAUAUACAGAGCUGCAAGAAAGACAGCAACUUUAGUGUUUCUGCGAGCCUGAAGCAGAAAUGAAGUAUUCCGUUUAUUUUCUUCACGCCGUGCUUCUCUGUUGGAUUGUGGGGCUGGUCGUUUCUAGCGUGAGUGGAAAGCAGGUCUGGCCAGUGCCUUACAAGCGAGUCGACAAGCGUCCAGAUGUUGAUCCCUUCUGCCAGGCUUUAUACCCAUUCUGUCCCACUGGAGAUCCAAUUGGUCAGAUACCUGUCAUGAAAGACUCUGACCUCAUCUCCAUCUUCAGACUUCAGACUCCUGUGUGGGAGUUCAAAUACGGUGACAUCAUGGGAAAGUUUCAUGUCAUGCAUGAUGCCGUCGGCUUUGCGAGUGCAAAUACCGGAAGAAACUACACUAUGGAGUGGUACGAGCUGUUUCAUGUUCCUCAUGAAAGAGAGGGUAUGAGUGCUCCUUUCUGGUGUAACCAGGGAGCCGCUUGCUUCUAUGACGGCAUUGAUGAUAUACACUGGAAACAGAAUGGGAGGACAGCUUUGCCCUGUCCAUGUCUUUCUCCAGCUUCAUUUCUGUCUCCCUCAUAUUCCUGCAAAACAAAAGGAGCUAGUUACUGUCAUCUGCUGUUAUCUGAAUAAAACCUCUGACAGUAACUGACCCCCAGCGAGCCUCGCUCGUCGUCAAACUCUUCAGAACCAACGUCUGACAUGAUAAAGCUGAGCUUAACGAGCAGAUAAUAAGGAACACUCCCAAAGAAAAACUUGACUUCAAGGCUGUUUACUGUUACCUUAGCAACGCCGCGUGUAUUAAAGACACAUGCGCAAAAUGGCAUUCACGCCUUUAAAAUAAAGUACUUCUUUUACGAUCAGGUUUAGAACGCUAGGUUUUGAAACACAUUGAUUGAACGAUUAAAAUGAUUUAUGGUUAACCGUAUAUGGCUGAAAUUAGAUAAGCUAACACAUAAAAAAUGUGUCUGAAAUGCAAUCUUUAGUAUAGGGAAAGUGUAGGUGAAAAAGAUGAGGGGCUUCGAAAAAGUUCUUUGUUUUCUUGUGAAGCUGAAGAAAGACAUUUUUAUUUUUAUUUUAGCUUGUCUAUGUAAUUACGUUUUUGGUUGU